AUGCACUCGCGUAGUGCAACAGGAUGGUCGGAAUGGGAAGAAGAUAACCUUCUUCCCUGGCUAGAAGAGAAUAACGGACUGCCGUGGACCGACCGUGCCCAAGCUUAUUCGAAGCAAUUCGGGGUCAGCCGAUCUGUUGAAUCCUUACGAGGGAAGGAAUAUCAUAUCCUACGAAAACGUCGGCUUGGUCGUGCGAGGCGGACACGGCGGACGACGACCUCAAAGACUUGCAGGAAAAACCGACUUCUGAAAAUCACCGACGACAACACACGAGGCAGUCUCUCAAGCAAUGAUUCUAUCGAUCGCGGCAUGGUUGGACGAUGGCUCCAGGGUAUUCCAGAGGUUGCACAAAACUCCGCAAAGUCUCAAGCGCUGCCGUCGGCAAAAUUAUCAACAUGUGGUAUGAGAAGGCUAUUGCUUUUGGUUCGAUCAAACGCUUACCUGCUUUUGCAGCUUAUGAAUUAUACUCACCGGACUACAUCCAACAAGGGAGUCGAUCAAGUUCCAAGCUUUGGAACUAUGUACACUGGGUCUGUGAGAAAAGGCAGCAUAGAUGACGCGGUCGGCAUGUUGGUCAGCGACUGA